AUGGGAUUAUACUGGUUUCUAUCCGUGUUGUUCUGUUUGUUGUGUAAUUGGCUGUAUACAAAUGGCGAUGAUAUUUUAAAAAUUGACGGCAUCAAAUUGCUUGAUCCAGUAAUCAAAAAGAACCUUGUGGCUGGGACAGUUGUUACAUGGUUUGCAGCUGCUUCUGAAAAUAAUACGAAUAAUACAACUGCGGUAACAUUACGACCAUCUGUACAAUAUGCUACAUCAUCAGCACCAGUAGCACAGAUAACACAGAUGGUACCUGUACAAACAUCAGCGCGACAAGUUAGUCUCAUCUUAACCACCGGACGGCAACUGAAACAAGAGCGUCGUGGCAUGCAAGCUUCCAAUGAGUUUGCUGCGCAUUCAUUGCCACUCCAGAGGGAUAACAAACGAAACAAUGAUGACUUCAACAAAAAGGAAAAGCUCAGUGUUACUCCAAGAAGCAUUACAGUCAAGAUGGGAAUAAAAACGGCAUUCGCUGGGGUCAGUGAGUUUGAUGAAGCUGAAGACACUCAUUUUCUUUACUACAUUGUUGUAUUUGGUGCCAUUAUUGUUUGCUUCAUUAUUGAAGGGCGUAGACCUUCAAACAAUACACGACGAACAGCUCUUCGUUAUAGGCGUUUGAGCCAUCAUGACGAUAAUGGAUCCUAUCCCACAAAUGUGAUUUAUUAG